AUGAAAUCUUCUUUCAUUAUUUUAAACUCCCUUAUUAUUCUCAUUCUCCUUACUUACUAUUUCUCGCCAGUACUAUCUAUAUAUUCAAUAUUUACUACCACCACUAGUACACCUCUACUUCAUUUAGUGCAUGUAUUUUUCAUUUGUCUACUAAUUUAUUCUAUAACUCAAUAUAUUAUAAAGUAUUAUUAUGGUACAAUAAGGACACAAGAGAUGGCUGUUGUAAAUGAUAAUAUGCAUCUAUUUCUUACUGAUAUCCUUCUAGUUCUUACUGUAUUUAAUAAAGAUAUCAAUUAUAGAACUAUUAUUAUAUUUUUUAUAAUUUUAUGUCUUAAAGCGAUACAGUGGAUUAAUACCAUAAGGGAUGAUAGUGUACAGUGUAAUACAUUACUAUGUGGUAUAAGUCUUUUAUUAGCCUUAUUAUUCUUAGGAAAGAUUAAUAUAUUUUUUUUAUUCUCCUUUGAGUUUUGUAUAAUAGCUUUAUCAAGUAUUAAGAAUAUAUUAUCUAUUUAUAUAAAAGAAGAUGAAGAGAAUAAGCCUAUCUAUAUGUUUAUAUUAGAGAUAUCAUAUCUUUUAUUACUACUUAUAAUAUAUUCUAUAUUUAUAAUAUUAACUAGUCUUAAAUAUAAAGUGCCAUUGAAUGUCUUUAGAGCUAGUGUAAGUAUAUUUGAAAGACUAGUGAAGAAAUGUAGAGCUCUACAUAGAUUCUUAAUCUUGUGUAAAGAAAUAGAUAGUAUUCCUGAUACAACAGAAGAAGGAGAGUGUAUAAUCUGCCAGGAUGAUAAACCUACUAAAAGAUUAAGAUGUGGACAUGUCUUUCAUAAGGACUGUCUUAAGCAGUGGUGUGAAAGACAGCCUUUUUGUCCUGUUUGUAAAGUAGAUCUGUAUAUGAAAGAAGAAGUAAUAUAUCGUGGUGAUGAAGAGUUACGGGGUGUACCUGUAGAAAUAUUUGAAUAA